GGCCGUGCAGUACGUCUACAAUAACUGCUCCCUGGUCUACACAAACGUUGCCCAACCAGGCGAACUGAACUAGUCCUACUCCGUUACAGUUAACGAUUUUAUUUUUCGUGGCACCAUGGACCGAACAGACAUGAAGGACUUCAUUGUAAAGGUUAGAGAAGCAGAGAAAAUUUUCAUCAGACUGUCCAAAGAUCAAAGGACGCUGGCUCUACAUUUCUUACAGUUAGCAAUACAGAGAUGCAGCUUAAUUAUGUGUGCUAGAUCAGAAAAACAAAUCCCCACUGUGUACAGGAAUAGAUCCAAUACAGGCAAGUUUAAAGAAGGCAUGGAAGAGGACCCUAUAGGCCCUGUUUGUGUACUUCUGGAGGAAUUACUAUCCAAAGUCAUAGAGAUAUCAGAGACUGGUUCACAAAACAUUGAGAUAUCAGAAAAUGGUUUACAAAACAUUGAGAUAUCAGAAACUAGUUCACAAAACAUAGGAAUGUCGAAAACUGGUUCACAAAACAUAGAGAUAUCAAACACUGGUUCACAAAGCAUAGGAAUGUCAAAGACUGGUUCACAAAAGAUAGAUAUAUCAGAAACUGGUUCACAAAACAUAGGAAUGUCAAACACUGGUUCACAAAACACAGGAAUGUCAAAAAGUGGUUCACAAAACAUAGAAAUAUCAGAAACUGGUUUACAAAACUUAGAAAUAUCAGAAACUAGUUCACAAAAUACAGAGAUGUCAAAGACUGGUUCACAAAACACAGGAAUGUUAAACACUGAUUCACAAAAGAUAAAAGAACCAAUGGAUCAAAAGUCAGAGGAUGAGGAUCAAGGGAAAUUCCUGGGAAAAACUAGUAUUCACUGUAAAUUUAAUGUUUCACCAAAGUGCUCAAAGGUGGUUAGCAAAGAGAUGCAUUCAGAACCAGAUGAAAAUCACAGUGCUGGGUCAGUCCAUUCUGAAAACCGGGGAAAUGAUAUCUCAGUUCUUCUUAGGAGAAGAAAAAGAACAUUAAAACAGAUUUAUCUCCCUUCUCAUUCAGAAAGAAAGUCGAGAAGACCUUUGACAAAGGACAUGGUUAAACAAGGCAGAAUAGAGAGAAAUCUGACCAACCAGCCCGAGGGGAUUCUACCAGUUAAAAUGACCAAUAGAAAACGGAGGCUUAGUACAGUAGGAAAUGUUAACGGUAAUCAACACACUGCAUGCUCAUCAUGUGAUUGUAAAUUCUCCGUGGAAAUUCUGUAUUUGGAACACAUAAUGCUUGAACAUCAUUCUCAUCCAUGUAGCUGUAGAAUUUGUCACAAACUGCUGACUUCUGAUGAAUUGCCAGGCCAUAUCUGUGAAUGCACCAAGCGAAGACUACAGACUAUUUCUAACAAUCAAACAGAUUCUGCACGAGAAGAAGAAUGUAUGAAUUCAGAGCCAGGAUUACCAGAGAAAAUGUGGACAUGCAAGUAUUGUAAUGAACAUUUUGUAAGGAUGUGUGAUUGUCCUACAGAGCAGGAGGAGGGCAGAUUUACCUGUGUGAAAUGUGGAAAGAUCCUGGGAAAUCGACGGCUGUACGAUGAACACAUUAAGUCCCAUGCUUCUGUCACAAUGUCAUGUGAAUCUUGUGAGAUUCAAAGUCCUGCAGAUUGCCAGAGUUCUGAAGAUUGCCCUAGUCCUGAAGAUUGCCACAGUCCUGAACAGAAAUUUUACAGGCAACAAGAUUUGAAAGAAAAGAUGCCUUAUCAAUGUAGCGAAUGCGAGAACAGCUUCCAUUCUAGAAAGGACCAAUCAAAACACAGACAGGAAAUCACACAAGUUGGAGAGGGAGGUGCUGCAAGUGAAAGAAAUCAUUUGUGCUCAGAGUGUGGAAAAAGAUAUCGCAGAAAACAAGCGCUCAAGCGCCACAUGAAGCAACACAAUGAACAAUCUCCCUAUCAGUGUGAGUUCUGUCACUACAGCUCCCUGGAGAGCAACAACCUUAAACGACACAUGGCCCUCCAUUUUGAAGCCAAGCGUAAUUUCAUGUGUGAAAUCUGUGGAGCAGCUUUUCAUGCCAAAGGCACACUGGAGACACACAUUGCUUUCAAACACACUGACUCAAGGCUCUUUCAAUGCGACCAGUGUGAGGCAUCUUUCAAGGUAAAAAACACCCUGAAAAGACAUCUGUUGGUUCAUACUGAAGAGAAAUCUCACAAGUGCUGGUGUGGGUCUGGAUUUAAGCGAUUAACAAAUUUACGACGACAUAUGAUAAAACUUCAUGGAAGCGCUGAUGGUCAACUUCCACCUGUGAGAAGAGUAAAGACUCUCGACUUGUCAAAAAAGGCACCAAUAUCUAGAACAGACUUUGUUAAUGGUAAUCCGACUUUCCCUGGAAAUACGUCAGGAGACUCGAACAAGGUGCCUAUACACCAGGAUAUCACAGACAAUGUCCUUGAUACAAGUAUGGUGACUGCAACACAGGAUAGUAAUUCCAACCCAAAUGCUACAAAUGGAUUGCCCAUUCAUCAGAAUAAUUCAUGUUGUGAAAAUGGAUUUCCUAUUGUACACCCAGCAUUGCUAGAAUCUAGAAAACAAAGCGGUGAUAGAAUUAUGUCCUUACACGAGGAGAGUUCAUAUAAUCCUGGUAGUGGCACCAUGUCAUCUCAGACUGUAGCAUUUGCGAGUGUCUUAAAACAGAUACAGGAGGUGUUUGAUUUCCCUCACUUAGACUUACAGACAGAAAAUACUUGAAUCAAAUGUAUCAUACAUACCUUCUGCUUGAAAUACUUAAAAAUGCAUAAAACAAACACAGAAAA